CACGGCAGCAGGCACAUAUCUAUCUCCCAAGGCCCCGGAACAGUAGAGUAGAAAAGUAGUGAGGCGUCGUCUAUCUUUUUGUCGUUCAUCACUUGAAUUUACUCCUCCUCCACAGUGGUUGACAUUUGAGGUGGUUUUGGUUCUAUAACAGACAAGUGAUAAUAAUGUCUUAUGUGCCUCCUCACCUGAGAAGCUCCUCCUCCUCCUCCUCCGCCACAAAAACCCUAGAAAUCAACGGUAAUAAUCACUACACAAACUCAUUCGUCUCGCAGUCGAGCAACAACAAUUUGUAUUCAUCAUCGACCUCUUCUCGCCGCAGCUCCGAGAACCUCUUGCUGCCGCCUGACUCUGUCGUCCCCCAAUGGAAGCCCUCCGACCGCGUUCUCGCUCUCAAAACCGACCAGAUAGAAGAGGUCCGUCUACGACUAAAUGUUGAUGUCAGUAUCUCUGCUGAUUCUUCACCUGCACCUGCACCCAUUGAAUCUUUUAUGGAUAUGUGCUUGGACUCGCGCAUAAUGAGAGAUAUUUCCUACCAUGAGUACACUACACCCACUUCUAUACAAGCUCAGGCCAUGCCUGUUGCACUAAGUGGAAGGGAUCUUUUGGGUUGUGCAGAAACGGGUAGUGGGAAAACUGCUGCAUUUACAAUUCCCAUGAUACAGCAUUGCCUAGCUCAGUCUCCUGUACGACGUGGUGAUGGGCCUUUGGCAUUAGUGCUGGCCCCUACAAGAGAGCUUGCACAACAAAUAGAGAAAGAGGUUAAGGCUUUCAGUAGAUCUUUGGAAUCCUUCAGAACUGCAAUUGUUGUAGGUGGAACUAACAUAGCAGAGCAGAGGACUGAGCUACGUUCUGGAGUAAAUAUAGUGGUUGGUACUCCUGGAAGAUUUAUCGAUCAUUUACAACAAGGAAACACUUCUCUGUCUAGAAUUUCAUAUGUUGUUCUGGACGAGGCUGAUAGAAUGCUUGACAUGGGUUUUGAACCACAAAUAACAGAGGUGAUGCGGAAUCUUCCAAACAAACAUCAAACUUUGCUUUUUAGUGCAACUAUGCCAUUGGAGAUUGAAGCUCUUGCACAGGAAUACUUAACAGAUCCGGUACAAGUAAAGGUUGGAAAAGUGAGUAGCCCUACAGCAAAUGUAUCUCAAAUUUUAGAGAAGGUUCUUGAAAAUGAGAAGAUUGAUCGACUUCUAUCUUUGCUUGUUGAAGAGGCAACUCAGGUCGAAAGAUCUGGUCAUUCCCUUCCUUUGACCAUUGUGUUUGUAGAAAGAAAGACUAGGUGUGAUGAAGUUGCUGAAGCUUUGGUAGCACAGGGAUUGCAUGCAGUUGCACUUCAUGGUGGCCGUACUCAAAGUGAAAGAGAGGCAGCUCUUCGUGAUUUUAGGCAUGGUCCAACAAGAAUCUUGGUUGCGACCGAUGUUGCAUCUCGUGGUUUGGAUGUCACAGGGGUUGCCCAUGUGGUUAAUUUAGAUCUUCCAAAGACCAUGGAGGACUAUAUACAUCGGAUUGGGAGGACCGGUCGUGCAGGAUCAACUGGCCGAGCUUCGUCAUUUUACACUGAUCGUGAUAUGUUCCUUGUUGCCCAAAUUAGAAAAGCAAUAUCUGAUGUUCAGUCUGGCAAUACUGUGGCUUUUGCUACCGGGAAGGUUGCCAGAAGGAAAGAAAGGGAAGCAGUAGCUGCCCAGAAAGAAGCAAGGACUGCACUCUCCAAGCAACCAUCAAUAGGUUCAAUGUCUGUAAACGUAGAGGACAGAUAUAAGUACAUGAUUGCCCCAGCAAUUGUUAGAAAAGAAGGUUCAGCUGAUGAUGCUUGGGAUGAUUAAAAAACUGUGACUUCCUAUGAUAUAAUUUUACAGUUAUGGUUCCACUAAAAAAAUCCCCUACACUUGAGCAUGGUUGAAAAUGGUGUUUCUGCUGGACUUGGGAGCUUGAAUUGCAAGAUCUUUGUAGCAUAACUUUGUACGUUCGAUUUCAGUAUUGGUGUUUAUCUACACCGUUACUGUACUAGACACUUGAUACAGGAAUAGUCAUGUCCAUUGUAGUUAAAAGGUGGUGACCUUAUUCUAAGUCUGAAGGAGUAUGUUUGCUUAAUACGCAUUUUCUUACUGUUUUUUUGAUGAGAUAAUUGCAUUUGGUAAAAAUAAUUUUCUUAGAAAACCACUGUACAAUUGUUUGGGGAAAAACCGCCGACUUGGAUUUUGUGCA